AUGCCUAAAUUAAUGAGGAUUAAAUUUAAUAAAUAUUAUUUUUAUUUUUCAAACAAAAAACAAAAGUUAAAUGAAAGACCAAUAAUUUGUUUCGAUAGUAUCACAACUGUUCAUCUAAACAAUUUACUUAAAACAGAAAGUCAUUUAACUGAUAUAUUAAAUAAAAGUAUUCAACAAUUAAAUAUAGAUAAUGAUCGUAUUAUUCAACCAUUAGCAACAACAAAUUAUAUUUAUUUUUUAAAUGUUAUGCACAUUAAUUUUAAUUUUCAUGAUCAAUUACAACUGAACAUAUUAUUAAAAAAUCCAACAAAUAAAAUUUUUAUUCAUAAUUUACUUUCUUCACUUAUUCCAUAUAUACAAUUAUUUAUGAAAUUUCGAACAGAAUUUUUUAAUGCAUAUCAAUGGACAAAAUCAAUAAAUAUAUCAUCAUUACUUAUGAGUAUUCAAUUUAUUAUUGUUGAUUAUCUCCAAUUAAUUUAUCGAUUUAAAAAUCUAAUUCAUCUAUUUGUAUAA